ACAUCGGCUUACACAGGCUGCGGGUUGCAGGAUGUGGCUGCUGUCAACGCUGAUUCCUCUCCUCAGGCUGUAUCUGUGUGGGAUCAAAGUUCUGCUCUACCAAAUGUUCAACCGAACCUUUGAGAUGCCAGCCUUACCGAAGCAAAAGGGAAGGGUUGCCAUAGUGACUGGGGGUACCAGAGGAAUGGGGUUUGAGACUGCAAGACACCUGGCAAGCCUGGGCAUGCAUGUCAUCAUAGCUGGGAACGAGCCAGAAGAGGGCGCUGCAGCUGUCAGGAGGAUAAAUGAAGAAUGCAAUGAAGGAAAAGCUGAGUUUGUCUUUGUGGACCUGACCUCCCUGAAAUCAGUCAGGCACUUUGUCCAGAAGUUCAGAGACAGAUCUCUGCCUCUGCAUGUUCUCAUUAACAAUGCUGGAACCAUGCUGGUUCCUGAGAGACGGACAGAGGACGGCUUUGAAUUCCACUUCUGCCUGAACUACUUGAGCCACUUUCUGCUGACCAACAUGCUGCUGGACCUGCUGAAGACGUCUGGAAGGCAGGGUCGCUGCUCCAGAAUUAUCAACAUGGCCUCUGCCACACAUUACGCAGGAGAGAUAAAUCUGGAGGACCUGAACAAGAGAGCUGUCUACAGUUCCCAUGGUGCCUACUGCCAAAGCAAGUUGGCCCUGGUCCUCUUCACCUACUACCUUCAAGAGCAGCUGACGUCUGGGGGAUUCUCUGUCACUGUCAAUGCUGUGGACCCUGGGAUGGUGGACACGGCACUGUAUGAUAACCUCUGGACAUUAGCACAGAUGAUGAAGAAACCAGUGGCCAGUAUUCUGUUCAGGACUCCAGCAGAGGGAGCCUCCAUAUCGGUGUAUGCUGCAGCUGCCUCUGAGAUGGAAGGGGUGGGCAGCUGUUACCUGUACAACGGUCAGAAGACGCAGUCCUCUGAUCUGUCCUACGACUCUGAGCUGCAGGCCAAGCUGUGGAAAAAGAGCUGCAAGCUUGUGGGACUCCAAGCCUGAUACCUGGAGGACUCCCAUGUCCACAAUGGUCCUCCAUUAUUGACCCUUCUCGACUACGUCACCCAACCACGUUGAAGCACUAUGACGAUUGUCAGAAGUGACAUACAGGAGCGACUUUGAUUGUUUUCCCAAGUCAUUUUUGCCAAUACAGACAUUACUUCUACUUGUUCAGAAGAAGAAGAAGACAUUUUAUUUAUAUAGCACUUUUUCAGCAACUGCAGAAGAAGUAGUAGACCUAAUUGUGGCUCAUAGAUGACAGUAUUCAUUAAAGUUGGAAACAGCUAGCUUAGAAAUCGGCCCAUGCCUUCUUCCUUCUGACGUGUUUGUAGAUUCGAUCAAAUCUUUGAUCAAAUAUGGCCUGAAGUCAUAGCACAUGACUUAUGCACCUAUGUCCUAGAUGGCAUUUCCCUUUAAUAGUGUCAAAAAUCUAGAUGCUUAUCAGUGUUUUUGGUACAUGGUUGCCUACAUUAUGUUUUUCCUUGAUGGUUGCAAAUGAUUAGAAGCAUUUUCUUUAGAAGUAUUGUAUUAUUCUCUCCAUAAUACAACAUUUCAUUACAUCUUACUAAUACUGCUUACUUACAAAGUGUAUAUGAACGUUAAUCUUUUUGCACCAAGAGAUGCUAGUCCUUCCAAGCAGCACCUGCUAUCCAUCGCCAUCUUGUUUCCUCAUCAAAGGUUUACGAUCAUAUGACAAGUUUGGUUUGCAUCCUAAUCUGUGCAGCAUCUGUGACUAUUUUACUGUGACAUCAACUGUGUGAUUUUUUUUUUUUUUUUUUGGACAACCUCUACAGGAGUCAAUGUACACAUAAGUUGUUUUGAUAUCCGUCAUGCCCAAGAGCACGGCAUCUCGUGCAAAGGGUCAAAAGAUCAUAUUGAACUACUGCCAUCUUUAAUCUCUGUGGUGAUUUUAUGCUCAAUAAAAUCACCACAGAUGUCACCAUAUGCCUGUUUAAUGUGACUCAAACAAGAAACAAAUCCAAUUAAUUAUGCAGAGAAAUCAGAUAUGUACUCUUUUUUUUCACAAGCCAGCAAUAAUGCGGCCUCAUGACUUUAACUGACCUUACUUCCAGAGUGACUUGACCUUUCACUGUAAAACUCUUCAGAGUUAUAUACCACUGUCUGGUUUAUUCUUCUGAGGACAAAGAUCCCGUUGCCUUAAGAUGACGUCUGCCAUGAUGCCUGAACUUUGACACACUUACCUUCAUUUUGAAUGAAGUUUGCAGACUACUAUUUCCACAUAUGCCAUCUGAAUGUUUAAGUAUUUCAGUUUGAACUUUAAGCCUGAUAAUUGUUUUUUUAAUUUUAUUGUAUUUUUGUCAGACUGGUGGCCUCACAUUUGAAUCCAGGAUACAGAAAGCCUCACGCCAACUCAGUGACUGAACGGUGAACAGUUUCUGUGGUUAUUAUGAUGCUUCUUAAAAUUGUGUAGAUCUGUAAAACCUGCUUCUUUUCCACUAGGGGGCAGCAGGAUUUCUGUACUAGUGCAAUUUGAACAUUUCAAAACUUAAACCAGACUCUCAAACAGUUAAUGUUGACUGAUAAAAUCAUAUCAAAUGGUUCCCUUUUAGCCUGUUAAUGCCUUUUUUGUUAGUCUUUGUAUUUUUUUAAAGUACAUAAAAAGUGACCUAAAUGUUUCUCCAGUUUUUCAUAGAUCAUGUAAGAGAAGCAGCAAGCGUGAACUUUUAGGGUGUGAAGAUGGUGUGGACAGAGAAGACUUUCUUUGUAAUUUAACAUAAUUUGUUUGCAACCUUUUCUGUCUUCUUAAUGUUAUUUAUCAAAAACAUUUAUCAAAAGUCUUACAUUUUCAGCUUUUCCACAUUUUUUCCUGUUCCAACAACAAACCUAAAUGGAUUCCAUGUGACAGACUAACACAAAAUUGUGCAGAAUUGUCAAGUGGGAAAAAAUGAUUCAUGCUUUAAAAAGCACACACACAACUCAAAGUGUUGUUAAGCACCACUUCAGGUAAUAUUCUGCUGCAUUUUUUUAAUGUGUGUCUCUUUGUGAUUUGAGACAAAACAGCUCAGUUUCUGUCAGAUAUAAUGAAGUUUAACAAGUUUAUCUCCUUUUUGUGUCUUAAGUAAAGCCAUGACCUGCAAUGCUGAAGAAAAACACAGCAUACUUUUGCAAAGCAUUGUAUUACUACACAGUCCUUUAAUAAAGCAUUUCUACUUUGUUAAUAGACUUGCACUUUAUAUUUGUGUUUUUGUUGUAAUAAGCAGCAAAAAAUAAAUUAUGUAUAGGAAAUGUCUCACCAGUUGCUGUUAAGAGUUGAACACACUUCACCUCAUCUCUUUAUUGUAUACAAUAAACAUGUAUUUUUUGCACUGCUGUCAAAGAUUCAAAAAAAUUAUUAAAUUGCAUGUGACUA